AUGGAAGGCGGUACUCCCCCAGACCGACCAAAACCAGCUCGAGAGGCCAAGGGGAAAAGCAGGGCACCGCCGGAGCCAGAGAAUGUCAACGACUCUGGCGGGGCGCUCGGGGUCUCCAGGCCGGCGUCUUUUCGUCCAUCAUCUCGAUCUCAAAAUGUGCCACACUACCCAGAGCACAGUUACGUGCCGCCCGUUGGAAAUUAUGGACCGUCGCCAUCGGUCCUGAGUAUGGGAAAUAUGGCAUCUGCACUGUCCAAUUACCCGUCCGACCCGACUCGAUUUGACCACCAAGCUAUGCAACAGCAACAGUUUGUACCAGUCCCCGCAAAUCCUGGCUUCGUGUACGGCGUGCCUCCGUAUCAAUCGUUUCCCACGGCACCGGCGAACCCAAAUAUGAUUUACAACGCUCCGUAUCCCCAUAUGUACGUGCCAUAUAUGCAGCAACAGCCGCAACAACAGCAACAACAACAACAACAACAACAGCAGCAACAGGGGUCCCAGCUCCCUGAUGGGACUGGAUUCUCACCCACUCAGCCCGCAUCUACUUCGAACCAAAUGGAUGCGUACGGACAAGGUUACUUUCACCCAAAUAUGUACCCCGUGGCGCAGGGGCAUCACUCAAGACCCUCGAUCUUCCCCCACCAACCGCGUAGCCAAUCGCACUCGAGCACGCCCAAAGGGCACGAGGAUCGUGAAUGGGAGAAUCCGAAGAGACUAACGAUAGUUGACGGAUCGACACAUAUGAGGUCAGGUACAACCCAGGGUCCCUCGGCUGAUUCCGCGUCGCGCCCAUCAAAGUCAACGACGUCCAAAGGACCGCCGAGAAAACCAAAACAGUCUGGCAACGCUCUUUGGGUGGGCAAUCUUGCUCCCGGGACGAACAUUGUGGAACUCAAAGAUCACUUUUCACAGGAUGCCACAAGGGACUUGGAGAGCGUCUUUCUCAUCUCAAGAAGCAACUGCGCAUUCGUCAACUAUAAAUCAGAAGAAGCUUGUCUGAGGGCACUGUCCCGAUUUCAUGACACUAGGCUCCGCGGGGCGCGACUCGUUUGUCGAGUACGUCGGGGCCUGAUGUCGCCGGGAGUACACAGCGAAUUUACGGGGCUGCCGGACUCGCCGUCAAUGAGAGAGGCGGAGGAUUUGAGCAAAACAAACACCACAGAGGACGAGGGGCGGGAAGGGUCAUACUCCACGCGGGUGCCCAAUCGGUACUUUAUUCUAAAAAGCUUAACGGUUGAGGAUCUAGGGAUCAGUCGGCAGAGCGGCAUCUGGGCUACGCAGACCCAGAACGAGGAGAACCUAAACAGGGCGUUCGAGAACGCAGACAACGUCUACCUGAUCUUCUCGGCGAAUAAGUCGGGCGAAUACUACGGAUAUGCCCGCAUGAUGUCAAGUAUCAAAGAGGACGAAAGCCUGACCCUCGAGAUGCCGCCACGCCCGGAUCAUAAUUCCUCCAAUGAAGCCGACAGCCCAGACGUGAUACCGACGCCCGCGUCAUCCUCCGCACCAAAUGGGCGCAUCAUAAACGACGUCGCGCGAGGGACAAUAUUUUGGGAAGCAGACACAUCGGAGGACGAGGAAGGAAACCCGCGGCAGCAAAAGGGCACAUACCUUGCACCGGAAGAUCAACGGCAACAGGCUCCUCCUACCGCUGAGCUUCAGCUAAUCGGGAAGCCGUUUCGGAUCCGGUGGCUCUCCACCGAAAGGGUCCCCUUUCACCGCACGCGGGGAUUACGCAACCCGUGGAAUGCGAAUCGCGAAGUCAAAAUCGCCCGCGACGGCACUGAGCUAGAGUUCUCCGUUGGAGAGAAGCUGGUGCUUCUUUUCCAUCCCGAAGCGUCGGGAUGA